AACAACGACGAACAUCCGAGUCAACGAGAAGAAGACAAAAAAGAUCAUAAACAUGAGAAGUGAAACACAGCCGUCCAUGAUGCUCUAAAUCAGCUGUAUUUAUCACUCUGAAGAAGCAGCAAACAGGAGGAAUUACAGCAGGAGAAACAACUGACAUAGUAUAGUAAAUAUGGAGAUUGGGGAAACACCCUGCAGAAUAAAAGAGGAAGAGACAGAGGAACAAACAGAUGAAGUCGGAAAUGAAGUCAGUUCACAGACUGAGGAAACUUUUAAGUCUAGAAAAGCUGGAGCCAAAGGCCCGUUCAUCUGCUGUGUGUGUGGAAAGAGUUACAAAAAAAAUUCAGAUCUCACCAGACACAUGAGAUUUCACACUGGGGACAGACUAUUGACAUGCACUGAGUGUGGAAAGAGUUACACAGAGAAAGGAAAGCUGGUUUCACACAUGAGGAUUCACACUGGAGAGAGACCGUAUACCUGCUCUCAGUGUGGAAAGAGUUUCAGAUAUAAAAACGUCCUCAAAGAGCAUCUGCUCUCUCACACUAGAGGGAAGCCAUUAAGCUGUGAUCAGUGCGAUAAAACAUUUGUUUAUGCAUCAAACCUGAGCACACAUCUGAAAGUUCACUCUGGACUGAAGCCUCACUGCUGCUCUUUUUGUGGAAAGAGUUUUUCACGACUGGAAAAUUUGAGAAUUCACCAGAGCGUUCACACUGGAGUCAAACCUCAUGUGUGUUCAGACUGUGGGAGAAGCUUCAGUUCAUCGAGCCACUUAAAAAAACACCAGAGGAUUCACACCGGAGAGAAACCGUAUCAGUGUUCACACUGUGAGAGAGCCUUUAUUUCUUCAGGAAGCCUGAAAUAUCAUCAGAAAGUUCACACUGGAGAACAGCAAUAUCAGUGAUCUUCAUGUGGAAAGCUUUGCUCAAUUAUGUGACCAACAAUUUCAUUCAAAAUAAAUGAGUAAUAAGCAUGUAUUGC